AUGUCCGCUGUUCAGACUAUCACUGUGCCCACCCAGCCCGAUAUUCAGUACCACCCUGAUUAUGAAAAGUACAAGGAGCGUACUCGUCGUCGAAAGGAGACUGAGACCCUGCAGUCUACUGUACCUUCAGGCUUCCCGCAGAAGUUGAUAUCGCCGUUAGUCUGGGAAGGAAAAGAGGUUGAGAAGCGGGACGACUGGAUUUAUCAGUUGUACGAUGACCAACUGGAUGAGCUCGACGCUGCUUUGAAAAGCUUCAAAUCCCUCAAUCUUCCCUUGGGAGAUAUCAAUCAGUCGACUUUCCCUCUACCUACCCUCCACACUGUUCUUCGAGAUAUUUCGAAGGAGAUCCACACCGGUCGAGGAUUUGCUGUUCUUCGGGGGUUGCGCAUCGACGAUUACUCCCGAGAAGACAACAUCAUCAUCUACGCCGGUGUAUCUUCGCACAUCGGUAAUAUUCGAGGACGUCAGCAAGAAGGUCGACUGGCAGAUGGCACUUCACCCGUGCUAUCCCAUAUCAAAGACCUCACCAACAAGGUCGACAAAGGUCGUAUCACUGCUCCUUCGAACACGACUGAUAAGCAGGUUUUCCACACCGAUGCUGGCGAUAUCAUCUCACUCCUCUGUCUGAACCGUGCCGCAGAGGGAGGCGAAAGUUAUCUUUCUAGUAGUUGGCAUGUGUAUAACAUUCUGGCCAAGGAAAGACCUGACCUUAUUCAUACUCUAUUUCAGGAUUGGCCAUUGGAUGGCUUCGAUAACCCAGUCAGGCCCUACAGCCUUCGCCCACUUCUAUACCACCAAUCAGCCACUGCGACUACUCCGGAAAGAAUUGUAAUCCAGUAUGCAAGAAGAUACUUCACUGGAUUUAUGGCUCAGCCCCGAUCGAAGGGUAUCCCCCCUAUCACGGAAGCGCAAGCGGAGGCGCUUGACGCUUUGCAUUUCUUGGCAGAAGAGCAUAGUGCGGCUCUGGAUUUCCAGAAAGGUGAUGUGCAAUAUGUGAAUAAUCUUAGCAUUUUCCAUGCACGGAAUUGGUUUAGAGACGAGCCUGGUAAAGAGCGUCAUUUGCUGAGACUCUGGCUGCGAGACCCUGAAAAUGCAUGGGAAACACCCGAGAAACUCCAAGAGCGCUGGGACAUAGUCUACGAUGAUCUUCCAGGGGAUAAGCAGGCGUUCCCAUUGGAGCCGGCCCUUCGCAAGAAUGUAGGAGCGUGA